AUGUAACACAGGUAUAAAAUGUGUGUGAGCCAUAGGUUCCCAAAGUUGAAUAAUGAGCAAGAUGGGAAAUCUGCAUCUACCAAUUGGGGUACUUCUUUUAGCAUGCCAAGUCUAUGCUGGUUCCCUAAAGACUGGGAUUGUGGGGGGCAGAGAGGCGAGACCGAACUCUCAUCCUUACAUUGCAUCCCUACAAUUCAGACGACAGCACUUCUGUGGUGGGUCCUUGAUCGCUCCUCAGUUCCUGAUGACAGCUGCUCACUGCCUUACUGAUAUAAAUCCAAACCAGGUUACAGUAGUAUUGGGAGCACACUCCCUCCGUGCCAAUGAAGCAUCCAAGCAACAAUAUCAAAUCUCAAGGGUUUUUGAGAAUGGUUUUAACCCUCAGACUCUGCAGAAUGACAUUGUGAUACUUAGGCUGGACCGAGCAGUGACACUAAACAGCAAUGUGCAGGUGGUGAGCUUGCCUCGUGUCAACGAAACCGUACCUGAAGGUACUCCGUGUACAGCUGCAGGAUGGGGACGACUCAGCACCCAAGGACGUGUUCCUGAUAGGUUGCAGGAGCUCAAUGUUACAGUAACAGGCAGGAACUUGUGCCGUCCUAACAACAUCUGUACAGGAGUUUUCAUGCGCCAAGCAGGCAUCUGCUUUGGUGAUUCUGGAGGACCCCUUGUAUGUAAUGGAGUAAUUCAAGGGAUCUCGUCGUUUAUUAUUCGCACCUGUGGAAGUGGAGUGGCUCCAGAUUUCUUCUCCCGUGUGGCUCUCUUCCGAAACUUUAUUGACAAUGCAAUCAACAGCUGACAUAGCAGAGUAUAAUGUGUUUCCCAUUUAUAUUUACUACUUAGUGUAACAAUGAAACUAAUGAAAUGUAACAUUUGUAAGUAACAGAUCUGCAGAGCGCCAUGAUAACCUUUCCCUAAAACUAUUCCGCACACACUGCUCCACGGUGACCUUAUCUAAAUUAGUUUAACCGUGUGUUACCCUUCUCUUGCCAGUUUGUGGUCUUAUUGUGGUCUCUAAAUCUUCAACCAUUGUGAAGUUAAGAAAAGGGUAAAAAUAUCAGAAACUGUCAAACUUUCCUAUAAUAAGGUGCGUCCUAGUUUGUCAACAAAGCUAAAGGGGAUAUAAUCCAUAGGAAAUGAUUUGCCAUGCAGAAUAUCCACUGUUGGGGGAAAUUGUAUUAAAAAGUUCAAAAGUUAUCAUUUCACAUCAUGUGAUAUAUCAUCAUAUCACGUUCUCUCCAUGCUAAAUCAUGUCAUGUUAUUUGUCUGCAUACUAAUAAUACUAUAUUUACUUAAAGCACAUUCCUUUAUAGCAUUGUAUGUUAUUAUACAGUUAAUGUGUCUGAUAUUAUGUAUAAAAGGGACAUUCUAAUGCCAAAAAAUGGCAUGCUCAAAAUUGUUAUAUCAUGCCAUAUAUAUAUUGUUAUAUCAUGCCAUAUAUAUAUUGUUAUAUCAUGCCAUAUAUAUAUUGUUAUAUCAUGCCAUAUAUAUAUUGUUAUAUCAUGCCAUAUAUAUAUUGUUAUUUCAUGCCAUUUUUGCAUUACUGAGCUUGCUUUAGUUAACCCGUCCCCAACAUGUAAAAACUCAAUCAAGACCAUCAAGUGUUGUAGCUCCAAGGCGGAACUUUAUUCUUUUGCAGGGGUUAAACACAUAGGGCCAGAUUACAAGUGGCACAUUAUUGUUAGCGUGGGACAGGAUAAGCAAUAUCGCGACUACACCAAUCUGCGCGUGUAUCGCAAUCUGAAAUGAAAUAUGUGCAUUCGAGUGCAAACAAAAUUUGUGCUUGUCUGGAUAGCGCAAGUUAAGACCUUGCUUAAAGUGAAAGGAUUAAAAAUAAAUGUACACCAAACACAUCACAAAUACAUGACAAUAAAGUUAAACAUAUAUACA